AUGGAUGGCGCCAAGGUGGUGGCGGUGGCCGCUGGCAGUGUCUUCGUCAAAACUACAUGGCUGCCCUUCCGCUUCUCCCUGGCCAUGACUGACGGUGCUGAUGCCAAGGUGCACCUCCACUGUGAGCAGUGGGACCAAACCAUUGCCGAGCACCUCGUCCUUGCCGAGCGCUACCUUGCCUUCCACCAGCCUGAUGCCAUGUACUCCUUUCACGACGUAGGCAAAGGACAAGUUGCCGAUAUGGGUUCUGGCUGUCGGUUGCUCAAAAGAAAGAGGGUGUACGCUGACCCGCCGCCUGCAAUCACCGAUACACACAUCUACAGAUGGGUUGAAUUCCACGAAGUGGGAAUGGAACACAUAUCUUCCAUAUGGGAUGUGAGUGUCAUGGUUUUUUGGAAAGGCAACGUACGACAUCACCAUGGUGAUACAUAUUUGCGUGUAAUUUUAAAGGAUGAGCAGACCAUUGUUAUCUAUCUGUUGGAUCUAAUAUUCUUACAGGGAACCAAAAUGGAAGCGGUUGCGUACGGCGACCAAACCAUGAGGUUCGACCGUUUGCUUCGUGUAGGAGAAUGUUAUGACUUCAUGAGAGUUGGCUUCGCGCCUACUCAUGUUGGUCCUUUGAGCUACAUCUUCCGUUUAUGUGCCGACUACUUUGUGGUUCUAUCUCCAUAA